AUGUCCCUUGAAGGCGACGUGUUCAUCCAGCAGGUGGCGACGUACGUGCGCCGCCACGAGGACGUGCUUGCCCACGGGCUCGCCCGCCUCCAGGCCCACCCGACCACGGCAGACAAGCCCGUCCGCAUCCAGUUCUCGCUCCACCACCUCUACUACUUGCUCGACCGGAUCAACGCCCCCGACGACGUGGGCCCGCUCAACGUCAAGUUGGAUGCCGACGACUGGGGCGCCACCGAGCCGACGUUCAUCCUGUUUUUGACGCUGAGCCACACCGCCCCCGUCGACAGCGACACCAAGCUGGUGCUGCUGAUCGGCUCCGUCAAGCUGAUGGUGCUGCUGGCGCUGACCUACUUCCGGCUGAUGAAUUUUUCCAAGGACCCCAAGGUGGUGUCCAAGGACUUGAAGUACUUGUAUCUGGUGUUCACCAAGCUCCCGUGCCUUGUCCUCAGCCCCCGCACCAAGUUGGCCCCCGUCGCCGGCUUCGAAGAGUAUCCCUGCGACACGGCGGUGCCGCUAAAGCUCUUUACCAACUUACAGGUUUUGGAGAUUUGCGAGUACGAUCCCAACGAGAUUUACGGGUGGCACUUGCUUAGCGAGCAGCUCCGCAUAUUGGUGGUAAAAAAAGCCACAAAGCUCAACGACCUCACCCAUUUGUUGUUCCAGUUGGUCGUCGACGACGACUACGGCCGCGCCCUGUUUGCCGUGGCCCACCAGCUGCCCUACCACAAACGAUCGUCGCUGGGUAACUUACUAGGCUCCUACAGCGGUCCUCCCACUUCGGGACUCGGCCUCUCCCAGGUAGGAGCCCCGCCCCCGGCUCAUCCGACUAAUCAUGCCGCUGCCAACAACUCAGCAUUCAGGCGUCCCCGGCUGCGGGCCAGCACGUUGGACGCCUCAUACUCCACCAAGCCGCUGGUGCUGCCGCUGCGCCCCGGCGCCGCUGCCACCGGCGACACCAGCUGUCUGCGUGACUAUACCCUGUUGCCAGCGUCAAAAUGGCCGCAGCUUAAACAGCUUUCGGUGACCGACCUGGCGAUCCUCUCCGUCCCUGCCUACGCAUUUAAACCAUUACUGGGACUCGUCAAACUCAACUUAUCGUCAAAUCUACUUGAGGAGAUUCCCCCAGGGCUCCAUCAUCUCCCCAACUUGAAGUAUCUCAACUUAAGCGGCAACUACAUCAAGACGUUAGCCAACUUACCCCGCACCCUCACGCAUUUGGUGCUGCUUAACCUCAACAACAACAAGCUCACCAGUCUUCUGGGCCUCGAGCGCCUCGCCCGCUGCGAGCGCAUCGACGUCCGCCGCAAUUUUAUCGCCACCACCACCGAGUUCCGCUCGCUUGUGCUUUUGUACAUCAAGUGCCCCAGUCUCAGUCACGUUUAUCUUGCCGGAAACCAGCUUCCUAAAGGCUACCGCGUUGAGUUAUUCAAUUUAUUUAACGGGGUCAAGUAUAAAAACAUGAUCAAGAUCGAUGAUCUGCGCCCAGGGUACUUUGAGCUGGUGGUGCUCAUGGACGCGCAACUGGCGUUUAAGCAUUUAGAAUUGUUUUUCUUACAGCAGAAGCCCGGUCCCAGUUCCGAGAACAGUCAAGCCCACGUCGCCGUUGGAGGGCGCCGCCUUCUGGUGCUUACGGUGCUGCCGCGAGUGGACAACCAUCUAUUUGAACAAAUGCAAGCCGACCCGCUGCCGUCGCUGACGCCGCCGCCGAAGCCGAAAUCGAAGCCGCGGUGGAAAGGACAUCAACGGUCGCGGACGUUGGACCUGGCGCUUGACUCGUUAUUGGAGACGACUUCGACGCCCUUGGCGCCCAUCGCCGGCAGUCCGCGCAUGAAGGUGCCGCCGGCCGCGGGCGUCGCCGCGACGCUGCUGCUACUGCUGUUGUCGUCGCUGCCAACAACCACUCCCGCCCUGGCAGUGCCCCGGCGCUACGAUCUAGGACACACGGUGGUGAGCACGCUGCCGACGGUGCUCCAAGAGAGCACCAGCAUGUAUGAGUUGGCGGCGAUUACGCGCGGGCCGCCGCCGUUGGCGCCGCUGGCGCUUAAUAAUCGCGGCGAUCGACUGCCAGCGCUGACUAAGCUGAAGCGGUCGCUGACGUUCACGGUGGUCGACCUGACCACCGCCCCCAGCAUUCUUACCCCCGUUCAGGUAACCGCACGAAUGAGCUCCUCCUGA